UGCUAGCCCUGGACUGAACAAUCUUUCUUUAUUACAAAUUUUUCGGUUGUCUUCUUGUUCGAUUAUGCUUCUGUUAUUAAAUUUUCAAAUUGUUUGUGUUGGCCAUUGACUAUGUUAUCCUUUACUCUACUUUCGUUGGAUUUUUAACAUUCCUCAGAGGAUCAGGGGUUUCGGUCUGGAGAUUCUAACAACAGUGACUGCAAUAUGCCGGCCAUUCUGGAAUUCCCUCCUUAUUUGCGAAAGAAGACCUGGUGGAUUACUGUAAUGUGCGCGUUCUUUAGCUUUUAUAUAUUCGUCAUUCUGGCUAUUGUAUGCGAUGAUUAUCUAUUGCCGGCCAUGGAGCGAUUGUGUUAUAGUUUGAAAUUGUCUUAUGAUGUGGCCGGGGCCACCUUCCUGGCGGCUUCUACCUCGGCGCCAGAGCUCUUCAUCAACUGUGUAGGCACUUUCAUUACACACAGUGACAUCGGGAUCGGGACUAUUGUGGGAUCGUCGGUUUUCAAUAUUCUGGUUAUUUCCUCCGUUUGUGGCAUUUUAACUAAUGCGACGAAACUGGAAUGGUGGCCGGUGACGCGGGACAUCUUCUGGUACCUUCUGGCCAUCUUGUUGCUCGUUGGUGUCAUGUGGGAUUCGAUUGUCGAAUGGUACGAGGCGUUGGCCUUCCUCAUCAUGUAUGUGGUCUAUUUCUUACAGUUGCUUCUUGAUAAAAGAAUUAAAAAGUGUUUCAAAAAAACGGAGGAGGAAGAACCAGAGCAAAAAGAUCCAAUGUCUCCCGAAAGGCAGGAGGAGGUGAAAACCUUUCGAUCCCAUUUGUGGGGUCCGCCGGAGAAGGGUAGCAAAUGUUGUUCUUGGUUUUGGUGGAUCUUUACGUAUCCGGCCGAGCUGUUGCUCGCUCUGACCAUACCCAAUCCCCGGACAGUGUAUCUGCUGACCCUGAUGAUGUCCAUUGUGUGGAUAAGCUUGAUCUCGUAUUUGGUUAGCUGGUUUAUCACCAUUGUUGGCCACAAUGUGGGCAUUCCGGAUUCAAUAAUGGGUAUUACAUUUCUGGCUGCCGGCACCAGUGUGCCCGAAAUAGUCUCUUCGUACAUUGUCUCCAAGAAGGGGCACGGCGCCAUGGCCAUUUGCAAUGCAUUCGGCUCAAACACCUUUGACAUCUUGAUAUGCCUGGGGCUGCCAUGGUUCCUGCAGUCGGUGUUUUGGAAGGAGGUCAAAUUCGAUUCCUCGGCCCUUAUUAUAACCACUGCCAUGCUGGUGGUGACCUCCUUUGUUAUGUACACCACCCUAGCUGCCUGUCGCUUCGUCUUGGGCAAGGUCGUGGGCUGGGUGUGCCUGGUUUGGUACGUGAUCUUCUUAGUUAGUGCCUGCUCUAUGGAGAUGCUAUACAAAAAAAAAGUCGUCUGCGAUGUGGAAUAUACAUAGCCUGGCUAUCAGUCAAUUUUAACAUAAUAAAAUUAUUGAAUAAUGAAUUAAAUUUUGUUAGAAAUUACACCAACAAAAUUUACCUUUCACCAAUAAAGGAAUCUCUGGAUAACUUUA